AUGGCUAGAAAAUUAAAAGGUAAGAUUAAUGCUAAGGGCUUAAAAGGUGCUCUCUUAAGACAGCAAGCUCAAGAACAACUAAAAAAAAAUAGCCAGAAAAAAUUACAAAAUAAAUUAAAUCAACAGAAUAAUAAGCUAUCUUCAAAAAUUAAUAAAAAUAAACAAAAUCAAAGUGUUCAAUUGGAACAAAAAAAAUUUAUCCCAUUCAAUAUAGAUGAAACAUUACUUUUAGUUGGAGAGGGUGAUUUUUCGUUUGCCAAAUCAAUUAUUGAAGAAAAUUAUAUAAAACCAGAAAAUUUAAUUGUAACAAGUUUUGAUAAUUCAAUUAACGAGUUAAAAUUAAAAUACCCUAAUUCAUUUGAAGAAAAUUACAAGUUUUUAGUCGAUGAAAAUGUUAAAAUAUUCUUCCGUAUUGACGCAACAAAUUUAAUUAAAUCAUUUAAAAUUUCAAAAAAAAAUCCUUGGAUAAAAGUCUUAGGUCCUAUGUGGAAAUUUAAAACUUUACAAAAUAUUAUGUUUAAUUUUCCACAUAGUGGUAAGGGGAUCAAAGAUCAAGAUAGAAAUAUUCAAGACCAUCAAAAGUUAAUGAUGGAAUAUUUUAAAAAUUGUAAAGAACUAUUUCAUCUAAUAAAUUCACCAAUAAUUGAAUCUAAAUUAAAUCAUUCUCAAGGGUAUACAACAGAUGUUAUAAGUAAUGAUACUUUGUCAAAAGAAGGGUAUGGUAAAAUUAUAAUAUCGUUAUUUGUUGGAGAGCCUUAUGAUUCAUGGCAAAUCAAACAUCUUGCAAAAGCAAAUGAACUUCAAUCAGACAUAUCAAACAAAUUUCAAUGGAAUAAUUUUAGUUCUUAUCAUCAUAGAAGAACUAAUAGUGAACAAGAUACAACAAAACCUUCUCAAGAAAGAGAAGCCAGGAUAUAUGUAUUCAAGAAGAAAUCUAGCUAG